UCACAAAGAAGUUUGUGAGCAUAAAGAAACAUCUCAAUCUCAAAAGAAGCAUCUCGUGUAUCGUCUCUUAAAAACAAUGGAAUUGAUGUGCCAUUGUUCGAGCUUUCUUCUUCCGCCGGAGAAUCCUAACACGACGUGUUCGCUUUCUCUAAAGUACGCUCUCGUUGUUCUCAACCAAAGCCUACCGAGAUUUGCUCCUCUGCUCUGGGACCACGCUCAAGUACGAGUUUGCGCUGAUGGAGGUGCCAAUAGGGUGUAUGAUGAAAUGCCUCUUUUCUUCCCUCAUCAACAACCUUCCCAUGUUCGCACCAGGUACAAGCCUGAUGUAAUUAAAGGAGACAUGGAUUCAAUCAGGACAGAAGUACUUGACUUCUAUGCAAAGCUGGGAACUAAGAUAAUUGAUGAGUCUCAUGAUCAGGACACCACAGAUUUACACAAAUGUGUGGCAUACAUACGUGACCUCACCCCAAAUGUUGAUGGAUCAGAACUAUGCAUUCUUGUUGCUGGAGCACUUGGUGGGAGAUUCGACCAUGAGAUUGGAAAUAUUAAUGUGCUGUGCCGAUUUUCCAACACACGAAUUAUCCUUCUAUCUGAUGAUUGCCUCAUUCAUCUUCUUCCAAAGAACCAUUGUCAUCAAAUCUUUAUUGAAUCUUCUGUUGAGGGUCCGCAUUGUGGACUCAUUCCCAUUGGGAUGCCUUCUGGAAGCUCUACAUCCACAGGACUCAAAUGGGAUCUCAAUGACACAGCGAUGAGUUUUGGAGGUUUAGUAAGCACAUCCAAUAUUGUAAAAGGGGAAAUAGUUACAGUACAGUCUGAUUCAGAUCUUCUUUGGACUAUUUCUAUUAAGAAGCUCGAGGUUUUACAUGGUGCAUAGUGCGGUGAUUUUUCAGAUCUUCAAUACCAAUUUAUAUGGGCCCUAUAUUCCAGUUAAAAGCCAGAGCUUCUGCUGACCUUUAUAACUUUACGUUUCAUUCUUUCAAUUUACUCUGAAUUAUGGGAGGGUGGAAGGGAAUUAGGAAAUUAUUCUUUAAAUUAGGAAGUUCUAUUCCUAGUAACUGUGCCUUGAAAGUCAGUUUUCAAAAGGCUACUUACAUUCCUUGGCUCAGUUGUAUUGUAUGUUAUUGUUAUCCGUAAAUGAAAUAGCAGGAAUAAGAUGAGCAAGAAAAAGAAGGAGAAAACCAUGUCAUGUACUAUUGCUUAUGCAUACAGAACAGUUACUGUCAAUUGAAAUGGUUAAUGGAUUGUUAGUUGCCACUCUACACUGCAGGACCAUGACGGGUCAAUAAUUCUGGUUAAUAUCUAGUAUGUGAUUAGUGAUAUGGAUUUUUGAAUUAGAAGAAUGAGUUGAAAUUUGAUUAUACAUUGUAACGGGAGUAAUUAUUAUAUGUGAGACGGGUUUUUCAAUUUA